GGGCCGAACAGCCACUGCACCCCUCUCCCUCCUGCGCACCGCCCAGCAGCCUGUCUUAGCCAUGAGUCGCCAGCUCCACCACUAUCAUGGCAGGGAGCGCCCGGGCUUCAGCGGCUGCUCGGCCAUCAUCUCGGGGCUGGUCAGCGGCAAUUCAGCCUCCUUCCGGGCGGGAGUCAAGAGCACCACGGCCUUUGGCAGCAGGAGCCUGUUCAGCCUGGGGGGCGGCAGGCGCUUGGCCCUGAGCGCUGGGGCCGGGCGGGCCGGGGCCUUCGCGCUGGGUCACUGUGCAGGCGCGGGCGGUGGCCGAGUGGCCGGCUUCGUGGGCACAGUCUUCGGCAGCGCGGGGCUGGGGUCCACAUGCCCCUCCGUGUGUCCGCCCGGCGGCAUCCCUCAGGUCACUGUCAACAAGAGCCUCCUGGCUCCCCUCAACAUGGAGCUGGACCCCGAGAUCCAGAAGGUGCGCGCCCAGGAGCGGGAGCAGAUCAAGGCUCUGAACAACAAGUUUGCCUCCUUCAUCGACAAGGUGCGCUUCCUGGAGCAGCAGAACCAGGUGCUGGAGACCAAGUGGAAUCUGCUGAAGCAGCUGGAGCUGAACAACAGUAGGAAGACACUGGAGCCCAUCUACGAGGGUUUCAUCAGCGCCCUUCGCAAGCAGCUGGAGACACACUCGGGGGACAGGGUGCGGCUGGACUCAGAGCUGAGGAACAUGCAGGACAUGGUGGAGGACUAUAAGAAGAGGUAUGAGGUGGAGAUUAAUAGACGCACAGCUGCUGAGAAUGAGUUUGUGGUGCUCAAGAAGGAUGUGGAUGCUGCCUACAUGAACAAGGUUGAGCUCCAGGCCAAGGUGGACUCCUUGACGGACGAGAUCAAAUUCUACAAACGCCUCUAUGAGGGGGAGAUCACUCAGCUCCAGUCCCACAUCAGUGACACUUCUGUCAUCCUGUCCAUGGAUAACAACCGGGACCUUGACCUGGACGGUAUCAUCACUGAGGUGCGCGCCCAGUAUGAAGAUAUCGCUCUGAAGAGCAAGGCCGAGGCAGAGUCCCUGUAUCAGACCAAGAUCCAGGAGCUGCAGCUCAUGGCUGGCCGGCACGGAGAUGACCUCAAAUGCACCAAAGCUGAGAUCUCAGAGAUCAACCGGUUGAUCCAAAGGAUCCACUCAGAGAUAGGGAAUGUGAAGAAACAGUGCUCCAACCUGGAGAUGGCCAUCGCUGACGCUGAGCAGCGAGGGGACUGCGCCCUGAAGGACGCCCGGGCCAAGCUGGACGAGCUGGAGGGAGCCCUGCACCAGGCCAAGGAUGAGCUGGCCCGGAUGCUGCGUGAGCACCAGCAGCUCUUGACCGUGAAGCUGGCCCUGGACAUCGAGAUCGCCACCUACAGGAAGCUGCUGGAGGGCGAGGAGAGCAGGAUGUCUGGUGAAUUCCCAAACUCUGUGAGCAUCUCUGUCAUCAGCAACACUGGCACUGGGCCAGGAGGGGCCGGCUUCAGUGUGGGCUUCGGUGCCACCACCGCGAGCAGUUAUAGCUACAAGCCUGCGGCAGCAGAAGUCAAGACCAAAGGCAGCUGUGGCAGUGAGUUCAAGGAUCCCAUUGCCAAGACCUCGGGCAGCAGCUGUGCCACCAAGAAGGGCCCCCGGUGAUGGGCAGGCAGUGGUCAGCUCCGGAGACAGAAAGCUGCAGAGUCCGUCUGUCUCCUCCCCAUCGCCACCCUCUCUGCCACAGGGAUCCCUUUCUGAGCCAGGAAGUCUCUCUUAACCACAACCCCAGUCCCACCUCCCACCCUGAGGCCUUGAGCAGGGUGAUGCUUGUUAUAAUCCACCCUGUUCCAUCUUGGGGGGCCUCCUCCUUGGCUACCCCCAAAUGUGGAGCCCAGGAUGCCUUCCUACAGCCAGGCUCACACACCCCCCUUGUCUUUCUUGGGCCUUCGCAGCCAAGUGGAACCCGCUGCCCCCAUUGGAAUAUUCCCAGUUCUCUGCUCCCCUGCAAUAAACGGUGAACAUCA